UUUUACCUUCAAAAUUAAACUCUUUCUUCCUUGAACGACGAGCUGCUCCCUGUGUAUCUGUUCGGCCAAAUUUAACUUCACUUGGAACUUAGGCUUGCUUUGAUGCAUGCGAAAAAAUUGGCUUCACAACAACACUCGACUACUAUGGAGAAUCUCCCCUUCGAUGUUUUAUCAAACAUAUUCAUCUGGUUAUUUGCUAAACAGCUUGCUCAAAUGAGGUGUGUCUGUAAAUCUUGGAAUGCUUUCUUAUCUAAAUCAUCCUUCAUAAAAUCCCAUCUCGAUCAUUCAAUCCAUAACAACGAUGAAGUUCUAUUGUUCUUCUACGGGGCAUUUGAUAUUUUCGGUGAUGAAGCUUUCUCUGCACAUCCCACCAGAUCUCCCAAUUUGAAACUCAAUGAUUUCAUUAAACCCCCAUUUAAUCUCAAGUUUGCCACUGUUAUUGGAUCCGUUAAUGGCCUAAUAUGUUUUUUUGAUGAAUCAUAUCACGAUCCUAUGAUUUACAUUUGGAACCCUUCUCUUUCCGCCUUGUCAACACUCCCACCACAUUUUGUGGCCUCCCUUGGUGAUAGUUAUCGGAAAAGUAUCGAUUUCCGGUUUGGGUUUGAUUCCAAAUCAGAUGAUUAUAAAGUUAUUAAGCUUGAAGGCCUUCUCCAACCACCUAGCUUCAUUGACCCGAAUUUAGCAGCCUCAGUAAGUGCUUCAUCUUUUGUGGUUAAAGAAUGGAUGCAAGUUGAAGUUUAUAGCAUGAGAAAGGGUUGUUGUCAGUUAAUCAGUCAAAGGUUCCCAUCACACAUCACAGGGAUUUCUGGAGAGGAUGAAGUCUCUGUAACUGGCUAUGAUGGCGUUCCUCAUUGGCUUGGUUUUAUCGAUGAGAAGAAGGAGUUACAAACAAUCGUUGCAUUCGAUUUCGGUGCUGAGACAUUCUGUGAAAUACCUCUUCCAGUUUCCAUGUUAGAACACAAAGCGGGUGAUGUUUUAGGAGUUUUGGGUGGAAAGCUUUGUGUGAUGUCAAGGGUUAGAGAUGAUGAAUGUGAGGUGUGGGUGAUGGAUGAUUAUGGGGUGGUUGAAUCAUGGGUGAAACGAUAUACCUUUUCACAGUUUGGUAAUAUUGUUCCAUUUGGAUUCACAUCACACAAUGAGUUUCUAUUUAAAGUUGAGAAAGUCCAUGGUGAUGAUGAUGAUGAUGAUGUUGAUUAUGAUGAUUUGCAUGAUGUUGAAUAUUCCGAUGAUUGUUUUGGUUUAUAUGAUCCAGUUGCAGAGAAGUCCAAAUUCUUCAAGCUUCAUUGUGGCAUAACUAAAAUUGUUGGAUAUGUUGACAGUCUUGUUUGGAUGGGACCUAAUGAGCUUCAGAUGAGCAUCUCUCAGUUGCAAAUUUAAAGAGGCAGAAAUAGUAUUGUGGAAUGUCAAAUAUAUCAGUUCUAAUUUGCAUCAUGUUUUGUUCCUUAAUUUAUGUAUUUGUCAAGUUUCAGUUUGUAAGAUUAUGUGUUUGCCAUUGUGUUUCAAUUUGCUUUUUUGCUACUAUAAAUAUGCAGAAAAUAUUUGUUUUCUUUUAAUAUUUUGACAUUUUGGUUCAUUAUUAAUAUAAGUUGCUUUGUAUUUAUUGUUAAA